AUGCUCUCUCGCCUUGCCCCCUCAGGUCCCGCAAAGCCCCGACACCACCAAAAAUUUCACACUUCCUUCUCCUCCUCCUCCUUGUGGCAGCGACUCGUCGGAGACGGAGCUUCUGUACCCGGCGAUUCCGUUCGAUCUCCUUCGCGUCCAGCCGCCUCCUGCGUCGUACGGCGAUUCGCGUUCCGGCAGCGGGGAAGCAGAGACGGGGAGGAGAUGGGGAAGAAGAGAGAGAGAAAAGGAGAGCGGCAGCAGCGGCAUCAGCAUCAGCCGAAGAACAAGCCCAAUCGGAAGGUGGCUGAGUUGACGCGGAUUAGUAUAGCCGAGAGGCUCGAGCAGUUUCGUGCGUCCACGCAGCAAGUGUUAACAUUUGAUGAGGACCUGUCAAAUCAUGAACGAGCUGUAGUGCAUGAAGUCUGCAGGAAGAUGGGAAUGAUAUCUAAAAGCUCUGGGCGUGGCAAUCAAAGGCGUGUUUCUGUUUACAAGUCUAAAUCGAAGGGGGAAAACUCAGAAGAGAAGGGGAGUAUGUCUUAUUUGACAUUAUCUCAGGAGUCUAAGGAGAUUUUGAAUGAUCUGUUCAUAAGAUACCCCCCGGGUGAGGGAGUGACUAGUGACCAAAUUGCUGUAAAACGUACGGAAAAAAGCGAACGAAGAAAGGAAAGACAGAGAGAUGACAUAUUUUGCAGGCCUCCCAUGGAUAAGGCAGAUAUUACAAAGAAGGUGGAAUCACUUUCUGCUAGAUUAGAGAAGGCUGCAAACUUGAAGCAGAUUACUGAAGACAGAUCUAAGCUUCCAAUUGCAUCCUUCAGGGAUGUCAUCACGUCAUCUGUAGAGGGUCAUCAGGUAGUUCUUAUAUCUGGUGAGACGGGAUGUGGAAAGACCACACAGGUCCCUCAGUUUCUUCUUGACUCAAUGUGGGCUAAGGGUGAGGCGUGUAAGAUAGUUUGUACCCAACCUCGGCGAAUCUCUGCAACAUCAGUGGCUGAGAGAAUAUCUUCUGAAAGAGGAGAAAAUGUUGGAGAUGAUAUCGGAUACAAGAUACGGCUGGAAAGUAAGGGAGGGAAGCACUCGUCGAUUGUUUUUUGCACCAACGGAGUCUUACUGAGGGUGUUAGUUUCGGGAGGAGCUGGUGGAUCAAAUGGUGAAGCCUCCAAUAGGCACUUGAAGCAUUAUUUAUCCGACAUAACUCACAUCAUUGUGGAUGAAAUUCAUGAAAGGGAUCGCUUCUCGGAUUUCAUAUUGGCAAUUCUAAGAGACAUGCUUCCAUUGUACCCACACCUGCGUCUGAUACUAAUGAGUGCCACUCUCGAUGCUGAACGAUUCUCCAACUAUUUUGGUGGCUGCCCAAUUAUUCGUGUUCCGGGUUUCACUUAUCCUGUCAAGAUUUUCUACUUGGAGGAUGUGCUUACUCUGCUUAAAUCAGUACAAGAUAAUCACCUGGAUUCCACUACAUUCAGUGUUCCUGAUGAAAACCAAAUGCUGACAGAGGAAGAUAAGGUCGCUUUAGAUGAUGCUAUUAAUUUGGCAUGGUCCAGCGAUGACUUGGACCCACUACUUGAUUUGGUUUCCUCAGAAGGAACUCCACAAAUUUAUAAUUACCAGCAUUCCUUAACUGGGAUGACACCUCUCAUGGUGUUUGCUGGUAAGGGCAGGGCAGGUGAUGUUUGCAUGCUGCUCUCUUUUGGUGCAGACUGCCACUUAAAAGCGAAGGAUGGUGCAACUGCACUGGAUUGGGCUGAACGUGAAAACCAACAAGAAGCUGCUCAGUUGAUUAGAAAGCAAAUGGAGAGUAUCUCUUCAAAUUCAGUGGAUGAACAACUGUUGCUUGAUAAAUAUCUUUCCGCAGUUAAUCCUGAACUAAUAGAUGAAGUUCUUAUAGAGCAGUUAUUGAAGAAAAUAUGUACUGAUUCAAAAAAUGGAGCAAUUCUUGUUUUUCUUCCAGGAUGGGAUGAUAUUAAUAGAGCAAAGAGUAGAUUACUUAUGUCCCCCUUCUUCAAAGAUACUUCUAAAUUUGUGAUUUUACCUCUUCACUCCAUGCUCCCAUCUAUGGAACAGAAAAAGGUUUUCAAACGCCCACCCGGUGGUUGCCGAAAAAUCAUCUUGUCAACUAAUAUUGCUGAGACUGCUGUCACCAUAGAUGAUGUUGUUUAUGUCAUUGAUAGUGGUCGAAUGAAAGAGAAAAGCUAUGAUCCUUAUAACAACAUGUCAACUCUCCAGUCUUCAUGGAUUUCGAAAGCCAGCGCAAAGCAACGAGAGGGUCGGGCAGGCCGUUGUCAACCUGGUACAUGUUAUCAUCUUUAUUCGAAAUUACGAGCAGCUUCUUUGCCUGAUUUCCAAGUACCUGAGAUCAGAAGAAUGCCAAUUGAGGAACUUUGUCUCCAGGUGAAGUUGCUUAAUCCAAAUGGCAACCUUCAGGACUUUUUCCUGAAGACAUUGGAUCCUCCGGUUUCUGAAACCAUACGGAAUGCAGUCAAUAUACUCAAGGAUAUUGGUGCUUUGUCUCUUGAUGAAAAAUUGACGGACCUUGGGGAGAAGCUUGGUUCUCUGCCUGUUCAUCCACUGACAAGCAAGAUGCUUCUCUUUGCCAUAUUGAUGAACUGCCUUGACCCAGCAUUGACUCUUGCAUGUGCUUCGGACUACAGGGACCCAUUCACCCUGCCAAUGUUACCAAAUGAAAAGAAAAAGUCAGCAGCAGCUAAAGCUGAGCUGGCUUCAUUGCACAAUGGGCAGAGUGAUCAACUAGCAGUUGUAGCAGCAUUUGAGUGCUGGAAGAAAGCUAAGGACAAGGGUCAAGAAGCACGCUUUUGUUCUCAGUUCUUUGUAUCCUCUAGCACUAUGAGAAUGUUGUCAAGCAUGCGGAAACAGCUCCAAAUGGAACUGAAACGCAAUGGGUUCAUUCCUGAGGAUGUUUCUAGUUGUAGCUUGAAUGCGCAUGAUCCAGGUAUAAUUCAUGCUGUUCUGGUUGCCGGUUUAUAUCCAAUGAUUGGGAGAUUAGUGCCGCGUCAUAGAAGUGGAAAACGUUUUGUGGAGACUGCUAAUGGUGAUAGAGCUCGUCUACAUCCUCAUUCGAUUAACUACAAAUUGUCAUUCUUGAAAACUGAUGAUCAGCCCUUAUUCAUGUAUGAUGAGAUAACACGUGGGGAUGGGGGUACUCUUAUAAGAAACUGCACUGUGGUGGGGCCACUUCCAGUUUUGUUGCUAGGUACUGAGAUUGCUGUGGCUCCUGGCAACUCUGAUGAUGACGACGACGACGGUGAUGAUGGUGAAAGUGACUAUGAUGAAGACAGUGAUGAGGACCCAACAAAAAAUAACGACAAGUCACAAGGAGGAGAUGGAGAACAGACCAUGUCCUCCCCCGAUGCACCAGUAACAGUAGUUGUCGAUCGAUGGCUUCCCUUUAGUUCUACUGCACUUGAUAUCGCACGGAUAUACUGCUUGAGAGAGCAACUAUCUGCGGCAAUCCUAUUCAAAGUCAUUCAUCCACAUGAGGUUCUUCCUCCAGUCCUUGGGGCUUAUGUGUAUGCAACAGCGUGCAUCCUAUCUUAUGAUGGUUUAUCAGGGAUCUUGUCCCCCACAGGACCUGCUGACUCAUUGAUGUCAAUGGUGAAUGCAGAUGAGAGUGAUGAACUCAUGCCAGAGAGGAGGAAGCCUGGUGAGUUCCUUAGAUUCCUGAUGAGGCCUGACAGACAUCAUAACUCAACAUAUGGAUACUGGGAAGCUGGGAUAUCUAUGUCCACAGAAAAGCAGAACUAUAAUGACUUGUCAAUUCAAAAUAUUCAGCAGCCGUUUUCUCCAGCUUCCCCGACUGUGCAAGUGAAACCUCCAUGUGAAGUUUCUACUUCAGUUGGCUAUGGUCCAAGAGGUCAGAAACCUGGGUUAGCUGCAUCCAGGGAAAAGCAGAAAUGCAGUGACUUGCCAAUUCAAAAUAUUCAGCAGCCAUUUUCUCAAGCUACCACGAGUGCGCAAGGAAAACCUCCAUCUGAAGUUUGUACUGUAGUGCGCCAUGGUCCAAGAGGUCCGAAAGCUGGGUUUUCUGGAUCCUGGAAAAAGCGGAAUACUAAUGGCUUGUCAAUUCAAAAUAUCCAACGACCAUUUUCUUCAGCUUCUACAGGUGGGCAUAAGAAACCUCCAUCUAAGGUUUCUGCUUCAGUUGGGCAAGGUUCGAGAGGUCCAAAAGCUGGGGUAUCUGAAUUGAAGAAGCCAAAAAAUAAUGGCAUGUCAAGUCAAAAUAGCCCACAGCCUUCAGUUUCUAUGAGUGGGCAUCCUAAACCUCCAGCUAAGGUUUCUACUUUAGUUGGUUAUGGCUCAUAUAUGUAUGGACCUUAUGGUCCAAGGGGAGAUUCUCUUAAGAGGCAGCGUGGUAAUGGCUCUGGUUAAGGUGGUGAUCAACAGUUGGACAAAAAGUGCCUUGAGCAAAGUAAUUGAUGGCAUGAACCUGGUCCUGGUUGCAUUGCAAAAUGAGUGGAACUCAUGGAAUCGAUGACGGCCACUGAACUAGCAAUGCUUCCGACACAUGAAAAGCUUGAAAGGUUAUAUUUGGGGCCUUUUAAACAUAGCAGAAGAUCAUGACAGGUGUUGAUGCAGUAUUCUGUACCUCAGCUGAAACUAAGAUCCAAAAGAUGCAAGUCGCUACAAUCCCAUUUGAAGGGUCCAGUAACAAAUGAAAAGCUCGGCGGGGUUGCAUCUGUAAUGAAUUUUGCAUUUUGACUCUGAGUUGGGACAUCUCUUCAGAAUGCUGCUUCUUGCUCGUGCUUUCUCUUCGGGCCUUCUGCUGUUCCUUGCUUCAACUGUGUGCUGCAAUUUUCUUUUGCAUGGGUGUUAUUUAUAGAUGAAACCAAGUCUGCUCUUUUUUUCGCUCUUUCUGGUCAACAAUGAAUGAAGUGCGUUACUGUUGGUUACACUAGAAUUGUAGUUUCUGUUCUAAUCAUAUCAGAAAUGCGCAAAAGGAUGUGAUCAGUCAGGAUUUGUAUUU